AUGCAUGGCCCUUUUUCUUUUUUUGCGAAGAGUUGGAUUUGGAACGAGAGCAAAAUGGCUCGAGGACGCAAGAGCAAUAGCAUCAAACAGAGCGACUUCACUAACAGCAGCAACCCUCAAGAUUUAGAGAGAAGACUUUUUGUUGGCAAUCUGCCCACCGACCACAUGACCCGUGAGGAGAUGGAAGAGAUAUUUUCAAAAUAUGGCAAAAUCCGGGCCCUCAGCAUGUACCAUGGCUAUGGGUUCGUGCAGUAUGACCGUCUAGAAGAUGUCCAGGCUGCUCUGGACGGUGAGAAAGGUCGUCUUUAUAAAGGGUAUAGAUUAGAUAUUAAGAAAGCAGUGGAAAGAAGAAAUAUGAAUAAGACUUCAUCAAGGUCCAGUCCGGCACGAAGGGAGCCGUAUGCCUACGGGGAUGGCCGAGAUGCCAGGCGGGACCGCUCCCCCCUGCGGGGGAGCCCACGCAGAGACCCCAGAGAUGGCAGGGAUGGUAGAAACGGGCGAGAUUCCAGAGACGCUCGAGACAUCCGAGCUAGAGACAUGCGUGAUGCCAGAGACCACAGGGACCCCCGAGACCUGCGAGACCCACGGGAUAUCAGGGAUCCAAGAGACUUGCGGGACCCUCGUGAUGUUAGAGAUCUCCGUGACCCACGGGAGCCGCUGUAUGAUCGAUACAGGGAUCCACGGGAUAUGAGAAGUCCACGAGAUGUGAGGGAUCCACGGGAUAUGAGAGAUCCACGGGAUAUGAGGGACCCUCGGGACCCUUUGUACAGGCGCGACGAGGCUUAUGACCGCUACCUUCGCCUUGAAGACUACUAUCGACGGAAGGAUGACUCGUACUAUGACCGCUACAAGGAGCAUUUUGACAGAGCACCAGUGAACUCAGAAGACCGCCUCAAGCGUGAGGAGCGGCGCCGAGAGGAGCUGUACCGUCAGUACUACGAGGAAAUCAAGAGGCGUUUUGAUGCAGAGAGACCUGUGGAUUGUUCUGUGAUAGUGGUGAAUAAACAGACAAAGGAGUACGCGGAGUCGGUGGGGCGGAAGGUGCGGGAUCUGGGCAUGGUAGUGGACCUGAUCUUCCUCAACACAGAGAUGUCCCUGACGCAAGCCCUGGACGAUGUGAGCAGAGGAGGGUCUCCUUUUGCCAUUGUCAUCACUCAGCAGCAUCAGGUUCACCGCUCCUGCACUGUUAACAUCAUGUUUGGCACCCCACAAGAGCACCGCAACAUGCCUCAAGCUGAUGCCAUGGUGCUGGUGGCCAGGAAUUACGAGCGCUACAAAACAGAGUCCCGGGAGAAGGAACGCGAGGAAAUCGCCCGGCAGGCGGCCAAGAUGGCAGACGAAGCCGUCCUGCAGGAGCGGGAGCGCCCGCCGCCUGUGGAGGAGGGUGUCAGGGGAGGACACCCUCCCGGCAUUCAGACUCUUCUGAACCUGCUGGCAGACAAUCGCUACCUGACUGCAGAGGAGAUCGACAAAGUGAUUAAUUACUUGAGAGACCGGAAGGAGCGGUUGCUGAGGGGAAGCAGCGAGUCCCUGCAGGCAUCCAUGUCAAGACAGUCUCUGGGGGCUCCCUCAGGAUCGUCUCUGGGGAGUCAGUCCAGCCUUCCAAACUCUCAGGCUCAUCAGGGUUCACAACCUCUGGUCUCUGCUCCUUCUGUUCCGGUCUCCUCUCCUAAUCCUCAGCAGGAGCUUCAAGCAAAAAUCCUCAGUCUCUUCAACAGUGGGGUGGCAGCGGCAGCGGCUGCUGCAGCAAACAGUGGUUCUGCUGCCUCGGCGGGCGCUGCAGGUGGCACUCCGAACCAGAACUUUCCUAACAUGGCCAGUGCGCAGGCCCGGUCAGCACAGAUGGGUGCUGGGAGUUUAAACCAGGCUCAGCAGAGGUUGCAGACUCCAAGCACACAGCUUCCUGCUCUCCAAGGCCCUUCAAGGAAUGCAGGUCCAAGACCUGGAGCUCCUCCACAAGCUCAGUCGCUCUAUGGUCAGCACCAAAAUCGCCUCCCUGCGCCUGGCAACGUACCUGCUCAAAGGCCAGUUUCCUCUGGUAUCAACUUUGACAACCCUAGCGUGCAGAAAGCCUUGGACACCCUGAUCCAGAGUGGUCCUGCGCUCUCCCACCUGGUGAGCCAAACUGUGGCCCAGGGACGAGCAGGGUCCUCGGCCCAGCAACCCAUGGGGUCCUACCAGCGACACUAUUAGCUGAGCUGGCAGCCUCUUUCCCCUUCCCUUUGCCAUUCCAUACUUCUAGCUGUUUAAAGAGUCUCCAGUCCUUAACACAGGACAAAAGCCCCUGGAUAUGCAUGUCCUCUCCCCUUUGGCGAGAGCACACCCCCAGUGGCAUCGCUGCUGACUGUUGCUGGCAAUGCCCUGCCUCGCCCUGGUCUGGUUAGCGGUGUUUGGAGAGGUGUGCUCGGUCUCCUCAGUGGCACAAUGUGCUGAGAGCUGCUGUGGAUACGCAGAAGCCGCUGCAGUGACAGCCCUUCUGCAUCUUCCUCACUCCCAGUGCUGGUGCGUCGUCGCGCUGCAGCACAGUCUGGUCUCACUGAAUGGCCUUAGUGUGGUUUAGGGUCAGUGGUGAGGAAACAAAAUGGUAGUGAAAAGAGUGGGACACUGGCCAGGGCUCCUUAGAGAGCCAAUUUCUUGGAAUGGGCACUGGUUUUCUUCGGGUUUUCUAAUUUCUUUUCUUUAAUGGCGUAUCAGCCAGUUGGGAAGCAGUGUCAGUACCAGCAGCGGGAUUCAUGAUGCACAAGCAUGGCCACUGCUGAGUAACCCAGGGAAUUUGGUCCUUCCGCAACCACACUGUGGUGUCCUGACAAAGCGAGGCAGGGAAACGCUCCUCCCCUCGCCUGGCUCAAAGGAACGGGCAUCUUCAAUCUGAGACACAAGAGCUUCCAGCCAGGCAGAGGUUUGACAUGGCCCGUAAGUUCUCCUCACCAAGUAGUCAGCGUUGAGCUCAGUCUGUUAAGUCUGGCCUAUAAACCUCCUGUUCUUACACCCUUGCUUUGGGGCAGUCGCUUACUGCAGCCCAGCAGCCCGGCUGCAGCCUCGCUGGUGUGCUUGCCCCAGGGGGUGGAACGUCACUGUGCUGCGAUGGGGGCUUGUCUCUCUGAGGUGGCGAGGCUGCGACAAGAUGCAAUACCAGAAUUUUAUACAUUUUUCAACACUUUGGUAGCUACGGUGGACGGUCGUAGACGAAAACCAGGUAGCGAUUCUUCACCGUGUUUUUAACCAGUAUACCACACUUUGAUACCAGAACCCAAAUCUCGUAACUCUGUGGUCGUCCCUAUCACAGCCUUCUUAGAGCCUGCAGGUUUCCUGCUGAGAGCCGACAGAACCUAAGAAAGCGGUGUUGGUGGAGCAGAGGACUCGCUUUGUCCCAGGUGGUUUGUGUUGUAGCAUUUUUCUCUCUGUGCCGUUAACAAGAGGACAUUACUUUUUAAUAAAAAGCAGGAAAAACAUUGUGUUGCAUUUUUGACGCUUGACAGCUUGAGUCCCACUGGAUACUUUAUUCCACUGCGCUUGCCAUUGCUCUCUUCUUCCAGACGAGCUGUGUCAGGUGCUGCCCGGUGCUGGAGGCUGAGUGGAAGGCGUAUGAACCGCGGUGUGGCCCGUGGCAAAAAUCUUGUCGCCUGUCUCAGUUUAAAACACUUUGGUGUUCAAGUGCCAUGAGAUUCCUGUUCUCGCCCAGUGGGUAGGCUGGGGCAGAGCUGCCCAGGCGCCUGUUGAGGGACCCAGCGUGCAGCAGGUGCGUGAGGUGGGAAGGCGGCGCGAGAGGUCAGAAGGCUCUCUGGCUGCUGGUGGUGGGACGGGAGGGCAUGUGCUUGGGCCAGCAGCAAGCUGGGCAAGUGGCUGUGCUGUAGCUGCUGUCCGGCCACUGUGUGCGGCUCAGGCUUGAGUCCCUGUGCCUCUAGUACUGCCCUUCCUUGGCUUUCUGCUGCCAUCACUACGCAACCUGGAAUUGGAUGGGAGUCUUUCUGUGCCAGUGCUGCUCCUCCAGCCUCUCUCUGUUCGAUUCCUCUCUUCCUCUAUGACCCCGCAGACAGGUACAGCAGCUUUGCUGGGUGAUCAGGAAU